CCCAGCCCCGCCCGGCUUACCCCGCUCACUCUGCCCUGCGUUGACCGUUGGUUCCGUGGCCCCGGGAACAGAGCUGCGAGCAAGCCGGGCUCCGCGGCUGCUGCCCUUGAGGCCGCCGCGCCCGUCCUUCCCCUCUGGGCCGCCCCUCGGCCUGCCCUGCGGCUGGUGAGCCGCUCCGCCCGCAGCUGCUGCACGAACUUUUGGCAGCCUCACUAGGAAGCCUUUUCUUCCGGAGAAGACCUUUGCCCUGGCACCUGGGAGGACCUCACCCAGUGCCAGCUAUAGAGUGACCCAGGAAGGGGCUGAAAGGACAGAUGAAGGGCGGGGCUGGCACACAGGCAGCUUUGGUGAAACUCUUCCUGCAGACUCUUUUUCCCUGAGGAUCCUGUUAAGAUUACCCGAGGCCAGGGACAGUACAUGUACGAUGAACAGGGGGCAGAAUACCUCGAUUGCAUCAACAAUGUGGCUCACGUUGGGCACUGCCACCCCGUCGUGGUCCAAGCGGCACAUGAACAGAACCAGGUGCUCAACACCAACAGCCGCUACCUGCACGACAACAUCGUCAAUUAUGCAAGGAGGCUUGCAGAGACCCUGCCAGAGCAGCUCUGUGUGUUCUACUUCCUAAAUUCUGGGUCAGAAGCCAAUGACCUGGCCCUGAGGCUGGCUCGCCAGUACACGGGACACCAGGACGUGGUGGUGCUGGACCAUGCAUAUCACGGUCACCUGAGCUCCCUGAUCGACAUCAGCCCCUACAAGUUCCGGAACCUGGAAGGCCAGAAGGAGUGGGUCCACGUGGCACCACUCCCAGACAUCUACCGGGGCCCCUACCGGGAGGACCACCCCAACCCUGCAGAGGCCUACGCCAGUGACGUGAAGCAUGUAAUCGACAGCGCCCAGGAGAGGGGCCGGAAGAUCGCAGCGUUCUUCGUGGAGUCUCUGCCCAGUGUGGGAGGGCAGAUAAUCCCCCCUGCGGGCUACUUCCCAAGAGUGGCUGAGCACAUCCGUGGGGCCGGAGGAAUCUUUGUCGUCGAUGAGAUUCAAGUUGGCUUUGGUCGCGUGGGCAAGCAUUUCUGGGCCUUCCAGCUACAGGGGGAGAACUUUGUCCCCGACAUUGUCACCAUGGGCAAGCCCAUUGGCAACGGCCACCCUCUUGCCUGCGUGGCCACAACCCAGGCUGUGGCGAGGGCAUUUGAAGCCACUGGUGUCGAGUACUUCAACACGUUUGGGGGCAGCCCCGUGUCCUGUGCUGUGGGGCUGGCUGUCCUGGAGGUCUUGGAGAAGGAGCAGCUCCAGGCUCACGCCGCCCAUGUGGGCAGCUUCCUGAUGGAGCUCCUCAGGCAGCAGAAAGCCAAGCAUCCCAUCAUUGGGGACGUCAGGGGCAUCGGGCUCUUCAUUGGUGUAGAUCUGAUCAAAGACGAGGCCACAAGGAAGCCAGCAACGGAAGAGGCUGACUACUUGGUCUCCAGGCUGAAGGAGAACUACAUUUUGCUGAGCACUGAUGGCCCUGGGAGGAACAUCCUCAAGUUUAAGCCCCCAAUGUGCUUCAGCUUGGACGACGCACGCCGCGUGGUGGCGAUGCUGGAUGCUGUAUUGACCGACAUGGAGAAAGUGCUGAGCAGCUGCGCCACACUGAGGCUACAGCCCCACCCUGCCCUUCAAGUCUCCUGCCCCUGAGGACAGUUUCUUCAACAAGGGAAGGUGGCUUGGGCUGCCCCCAGGCUCUCUCCAACCACCCCCACCAGAAAAUCUCAAACACAUUUGGUGGCUGAAGCCAGAGGACAGGAGUGGUUAAUUUUACCCUCAGCCAACCCCUGCUGGGAUGAGGAAACACCAGAACUCUUCCUAAGGCUGGAUCCACUUGGAGCCCCAGCCCUGCUGCCUCUUGCAACCAGCUAUUAUCAGGCCUCAACUCCUAGACUUGGGGUGCCCCAACCUAACCAGCCAAUGUCUUAACCUAGGAGGACCAGCCACCACUCCCAGGUCCAGCUAGCCCAUUACCCUGUUUUUUUUUUUUUUUUUGUCUGCAGGUCCACACUCACUGUUGGAAGAGACAGAGAAUCCUGUUCCCACUGGUUCAGUUGGGCCCGAUACUGCUUCAAACUAUGGAGCCAUAGCCUGGGGCUAUGCAAUAGCGGACAGGGUUGGGGGACACUGCACAGCAGCUUCAAACCACCCACCCAUUUCAUUUCUCUGAAGGAGGCCUGGGGCCUGGUCAGGCACAGGAUCACAGGAUCUUCCAUUAAAGGAAACUCUUAGCCCAAGGAUGUGGGUCCAUGUGUUUGUGCUUUAGACAGAGAACAGACAUUCAGAUCAGGAAGAGGCAGUUUGAAAAGAGCAGCCAGGUCCUCCCAAGCUCUACACCCAAAGUGGGGUCCAGCGGCUGGAGGAAGGUGCUGAGGAAGGGGGCCAGGGCUCAGGCUGGGGAAGUGGAGCACUUGGCACCUGCCCACUCUGGGCAAUAGGUCUCAUACAGCAUAGCCCACACUCACCUAGGCGUGGG